GAAAGGACUAAAGUUCACCUGUGCAGACUACUGGGAGAGGAGACCAUGCUUUGGCCCCUGGGGAUUCGCGGGCCACUUGUGGUGAUCGCGCUGCAAAUAGUCCUUCUUUGCUCCGCUCAACGCACCUCCGUUGGCCCCCCCGGGCCUGCUGGUGUACCAGGAAUUGAUGGCGUGGACGGGGCGAGAGGUCCAGACGGCGACUACGGACCUUCUGGAGCAGAUGGCGAUGCAGGUAAACCUGGCUCAGCGGGGCUACCGGGUGAACCUGGGGACGACGGUCUGACCGGGCCCAUCGGAGAUGCCGGCCUGGACGGUCUCACCGGACCCAAAGGGGAACCUGGCCGGGCAGGACCACGUGGCUCUGCUGGUGUGGGACCAGACGGAGUUCCAGGGCCUCCGGGGCCUGGAGGACUUCUGGGUGAACUUGGGAAAGCAGGUCCACACGGUGACAUCGGUGUGAGGGGUCCCGGGGGACCUCGUGGAGCCGUCGGACCCCGGGGUGCCUCUGGCGCACUUGGGAGCACUGAGAUGUGCCCCAACGCCUGUCCGUCCGGUACCUCGGGACAUCCCGGGCUCCCUGGAAUGAAGGGCCACAAAGGAGUGAAGGGAGAUGGAGGAGAGCCUGGUAAACAAGGGCACAAGGGCGAGGAGGGAGAACAGGGAAGCCUGGGCGAGGUCGGGACCCAAGGCCCAACAGGCCCGCAGGGACACAGAGGAGCCACGGGUAUGAUGGGCCCCAAGGGAGACAGGGGCUUCCGGGGACACGACGGAGAACCCGGUCCCCUGGGUGUUGCGGGUGCUAUGGGGGAUGGAGGCCAGAGGGGACCUUUGGGGGAGGUCGGGCCUAAAGGCGAGACGGGUGUACUAGGACCGAGAGGAAUCACAGGUCUGCCAGGGCCGAAGGGAGAGGGGGGCCUACCGGGCGUGGAUGGGCGGGAGGGAAUUCCUGGAAUGCCGGGAGGAAAAGGAGGUGUUGGAAAGGCUGGAGUACCUGGGGAGGUUGGACUUCAGGGACUUCCUGGUUUACCUGGUGUACCCGGACCAAAGGGAUUAGGUGGACCAAAGGGAGACUCUGGCAAACAGGGCUUCCUAGGAACAAUGGGUUCCGCGGGCAAAUCAGGAGAGCAAGGAGUGCCAGGAGAAGUGGGACCAGUUGGGCCAAUCGGAUCAUCCGGAGAAAUAGGGGAGCAUGGUCCCCUCGGACCGGCAGGAAAGCCAGGUGGAAGGGGACCUAAAGGCGACCUUGGGCUGUCCGGAAUACCUGGACCUCCAGGCCUGCCCGGAGUGAAGGGAGAGCGGGGAGAUUCUGGUGAGGCAGGACCGAAGGGCGAACAGGGUACACAAGGAGCAGAGGGAAACCCAGGAGACAAAGGCGAUGGCGGUGACGCCGGUGACUUGGGAGCCAAGGGAGACGUCGGUCGCCCCGGGGAGCCAGGCAACCGAGGGCCCGAGGGGAGCCGGGGCCAGCCUGGCGUCGAGGGCCCCGAGGGGAGCCCCGGGCCCCGGGGUGUGCAGGGGAACAGGGGCCUGACCGGCGUCCGCGGCACACAGGGUCCAGCGGGGAAGCAGCCCAGCGACACGCACAUCCGGCAGGUUUGCAUGCGAGUCAUGCAAGAACAGCUGGCCCAGUUAGCUGCUAGCCUGAGGAGGCCGGAGUCUGGCAUGGUCGGCCUUCCGGGUAGACCAGGACCCCCCGGUGUUCAGGGGGCGCAGGGGGACAACGGCUUCCCUGGCCAGGCGGGCUCCAGAGGCCUGCCGGGCCUCAAAGGACCCCUCGUGCUCGGAGCCAAGGGGCCCAAAGGGGAAUCGGGCGACCGAGGAAGCAGGGGCCCCACUCUGCGAGGGGCCAAAGGUCAACCGGGACCUCCUGGUCUACCCGGCGAGCCCGGGAAGCCCGGGUACGGGACGGACGGACGGGACGGGGAGAGGGGCCCCCCCGGGUCACACGGACAGCAGGGCGUUCCCGGGCCUCCUGGUUCCGCCGGCCACAACGGCUACUGCGACCCCUCCUCCUGCAACCUCCAGGCCGGACUCCAGGCGCUGGACCCCAACGUCAAGGGCCCCGGGGACAACUGAGAGAACACUCUGGGAGGAAACGCACACUCGGUCACAGAAGAGGAACGCAUCGACAAACCAAGACGACGACGACGACAAACAAUAGCAACAACAGAGAGACUGAUCUCCGGAGCACACAGCACUCUCCCAGGGAGUUCCUCCUCACCCCCAUUAACCGGUAGCUUCGUCACCAUGUCUUUUUUGUUUUGUUUUUGUGCUAGCCUUACCCCCGCCGAAAGGAUUGUCCCCUGCAGAGGGCCAAAGGUCAACAGAACCGCUCAGCUUGGCUACAGAAUACAACGGGUGCUUUUAAAAUGGGUUUCAUACAUGGGUGCUCCCGUUCUGGCCAGACACAUGUAACAUGUAAUGUGUUUGUGCGGUUUGGUUUUACUCCCAGUUCUGCGUCGUGUUCCAUUUGUCCUGUUCUAUUUAUGUGUUUUUUUAAAAAUUGUUAUUCAUUUUUUUCACAAACAAGCUAUGCAAUACACAGUAAAUCAGAAACAGAACUUGGUUCAUCACACGUGUGCCUUAUCCAAUAUUUUGUAUCAUGGACCAAAGAUAAAACCUGCUGAAGUCUUAAACAUGUUAAACAGUAGGUGAUGGAAAAAACGAUUUAAUUUUAACCCUGCAGGCUUCCAAAUAAAACUGGUGUAAUGGUGGUUUUCAUCAUGCCCCAGUGACUAACUAAUAAUUGUGAGCUGGAAAUCUUUUCAGUCGUGCUGGUUUAUUUUCUCUCACCUGCAUUUCAACGUAGUGAUAUAUUUCAUCUGAUUGUACAGAAUGGGAUGCAGCAGUGUUGAUGCAUUUAUGGUGACUUGCUUCAGUUUUAAGUAUUGUUUCAAUCCAGGACCUCCUUUGCAACAUUUUAAAGAUUAAUUUAUCAAUCUAUUAUCGAGAUGGAGGGAUACCUUGUAAAAAAAAGACGAAAUGCAAAGCAAUAUUAAAGUGAGUUGUAAAUUGUGUUUUAUACUCAUGAAAUAAAGCCAAAAUG